AUGAAAACCCACUACAGCGUUAGCUUCAAGAUCCAAAAAAAAUGCCUUCUUUGGUGGUUGGUCAUUUUGUUCACAAUCCUCUUGGUCGUAGCGAUCGGAAUAUUUGUUUUUCUUUCACUCAACGCCAAAUAUAAUUUUGCCUGCGUGUUAGGAUGUGCGCCUGAGGCAAAAGCGACUCGCGCACAAACAUUAGAAAACAUACCACCAUCUGUUGUCAUUACCGUCGCUGGUACUCAGUCAAGACUCAGAACCUCGGAACAUGAGAGAAAAAACAGCGAGAACCCAACGCAGAAGCAAGUCACAAACAGAGAGAAAAUUACGAAAGUCAUUGAGAUUGACCGCGAUACGAUUAUCAGUUCCAGAACUCCGAUUAUCCAUUCGAACACACCGCCAAGCGUCAGCACGAAAUCUGUGGUCAGAAACACAAACACAGAAGGCGGAAAGUCACGUUCGCACUCCAGAUCUAGAACAGCGGCUAAUGUUACGCCACAAGUUAGCAUCUACCCCACAAAGAAACCUCUUGAUAUUGUUAAUUAUAUCAACAUCACUGGGAAAAUUUCUUUCAAAGGAAAAGCUCCAAAGCGACUUUCCCGACCAUCCCGCCUAAUUGUAAAGUUUGAAGAAGGUUCCCUGGCUGAUGCAACUCCAGUUGUGCUCGCUAAAUCAGUCGUAGAUUUGUCAAAGUAUCGCCAGAGGAAACCUCUUUUUUACACAAUAAUUUGCAAAAGGCCUCCGUUUGCAGCAUCUUUUUACACCAUCUCUGCGGUUUUUAACAGGGGAUGGAAACCAAGAAGGAAAAACAAGUGGAUCAGAAAAGGGGACUUCCUGACCGACACCAAUUUUAGGGUACACAUAAAAAAGAGCAAGACACUCUACCAAAGAAACAUUCAACUUGUUAAGUACAAGUAG